CAAUUGAAAACAAUGAUGGCGACCGAUUGUAAAGUGAUGGAAGUAUAACGUUAACGGCAUGAGUUUUAAUAAUAUUUCCGUAGUUAAAGUUGUAAUAAAUACAUUUUUAACAUUAAUAGUGAACAUAUGACCAAUUAGUGUAAUAGUUAUAACUAUCUGAAACCAUGGCGCGAGAGUUUGACCACCUUUUCAAACUGCUGAUUAUCGGUGACAGUGGUGUGGGUAAAAGCUGUCUUCUCCUGCGAUUCGCCGACAACACAUUCUCCGGUAGUUACAUUACUACGAUAGGGGUCGAUUUCAAAAUAAGAACUUUAGAAAUAAACGGUGAGCGAGUGAAGCUACAGAUAUGGGAUACGGCAGGCCAGGAGAGGUUCAGGACGAUAACGAGUACGUACUACAGAGGAACGCACGGCGUCAUCGUGGUCUACGAUGUCACGAACGGGGAGUCCUUCGCCAAUGUCAAGAGGUGGCUUCAUGAGAUCGAGCAGAAUUGUGAUGUUGUUAAUAAAGUCUUAGUUGGUAACAAGAAUGAUUGUCCGUCAAGAAAAGUAGUUGUAACGGAAGACGCUCAGAGGUUCGCCAAUCAGAUGAACAUACCGCUGUUUGAGACGAGCGCUAAGGAGAACAUUAAUGUAGAGGAAAUGUUUCUCACUAUCACUAAAAUGGUACUAAGGUCGAAGCUGGAAAUGAAAGAGAGGCAAAAUGUUACAUCAAAAGACACUGUACACCUAAAGAGUAAUAUUAAAACCAGAAAGAAAUGUUGCUAGUGGUAGACACCUCUUGUGCCACGGACAAUGUUCUCAAUGCUCAAAAUGGAAAGAUUUGUUGACCUAGCAGGUUGUAAUAAAGAGGUUAGACUUGCUUUUUUAUUGUAGCAAGGUGGAGAUUUAUUAUUUUCAUAUGGUAACACUGUAUUAUACUAGAGGCUGCAGACAAUAGACAUGAGAGUAUUUUUUUACAAUAUUGCCAUUACAUGAAAAUUUGUGGUAGGUGUAAAUGCAUAAUUAAAGGCUAUUUUACAUGGUUCAUAAAACAAUAGAUUGUCAUAUUGCAUUCAAAGCAGAGAUAAACUAAGUAUCAAAGACUAUCCAGAAUUCAGUUGUUUGUGUCAAGUCCAAUAGAAAAUUGUUCACAUUGCCUUUUGUUAGUGGGUUCUAGCAUUGAUAUUUUAAUUUUGCUGAUCUCCUUAGUAAGAUUUAGCUUGACACAGCAAAGUAUCUGGGAACAUGCAUUUAAGUUAUAAAUUAUGAGUACAUAUCGCGUGUGCAGUUUUUAUGACUACAACAAUUUAAUUAGUAUAUUUUGUAGAAAUGACCAAAAUAAUAAUAAAAGAUUGUCGGUAAAUUGUUAAAAUACCUGAUAUUUUGUAAUGAACUUGCUAGGUUGAACAAUCUAAAGAGCAUGUACAUACUAUGGAUUUAUUUACUCCAAAAAUUAUUAGAAUAUAACGAAUGCCUAGUUAAUGAAUGAGUGUAAUCUAAUUAUCAAAAUUUAUGUGAUGGUUCGACGAAUGUUAGCAUAAGAACUAUACCAUUAAUGUUAUUUUUUAUUAAAUGAUAAUCAUUGAAUAGUUACGAACGUGUGACAAUGAGCGCUUACGGCCAUGAUACACGCAUACCACCAUUCAAAAGCUGUAAUUUAAAUAUGGAAUAUUCUAGAAAAGACUAAACGGAAAAGGUAUAUAAACUUUUUAUGUUGUAGUUUUGUAGCUAGAUUUGCAGUGUCUAUGAUAUUGCGAUUCCAUUUCUGUAGCCUUCUAUAGGCAUGCUUGACGUUGAUAUUAAUACUAAAGCGUCGAAGGUCCAAUAGGCAAUUGUUGGUAGCCACAUUUCUAAAUUUAUCCAGCAGAGUCACGAGACAUACGCCAACUAACCAAUAUUGGCUAACCAAGAAUUAAUAAAAAACCUAAUGCUGUAUGUGGCCACAAAAAAUAUUUAUGAAACAAGUAUUAAAUUCUUAUGAAAGAGCCAGCACUUACAAACACAUAUUCUGAUAAAACUAACUGAAGUUUAUUAUUGUAUAGAUGUUAAAUCCAGUGUAAUUUUCAGUGAGAUAUUUAAUUUUUUUUUAAAUUUUGAUAUUGGCAUAGUUUUACAGUAUUCUGUAUUGAAAUUCCAAAUUUAUUUAUUUUAAUCUAGGAGGUAUUUUUUAUGAUUUUAACCUAUAUUGUUUUUGGGUACGAAAAUAUCACCAAAAUUGUUAAUAAAUAUAGAUUAUUUGAUGCAGUUAGCAUGCUAAGCAGCAAGAAUCUUUGGUCAGUGUUGCCAACAAUUUUUAAAUUCGCAAAAGUGGUAGGAAGUUUAUUUUAGAUUAACCCAUCAAAUUAGUCAGCCAAUUGCAUCAUGAUCUAUAUUUUUCACCCAAUUACUAAUAUUUACUUUGUACAAUUUAUGUUAAAUUAUAAAAUUCGGUCAACAAUACAAUUCAACUAGUAAGUUAUCCCUAAACUAUCUAUACAUAUCAGAAUGAUGUUAGAUAUUACAACUAGGGAAUGGAUUGCUAUAAGUUACGAUUAUUAUAAAGUUUAGUACACAAUGUGUAAGUGACAAUAGUUAGAGCCUAAACACACGAACAAUAUUCACAAGUCCAAUAUAAAUGUAGAGAAGUUCUAAGUUCAAAAAAGUCCGUUAUAAAAGGGUGCUUACUCAUUUACAAACAAAAGAAUCCUUUACGUGCUUUACGUGAAAAGUGAGUAUGUGCCCUUAUACAUUUACGUUACUGUUGUAUUUGCAAGUAAAGGACAUAGUAAGAAGUAUUUUUGCAAUGGCGUAAACUAGUUUAUGGAUAGCUUUCAGUAAAUAUAGCAUUUUGUAUUUAUGUUUUCAUGGUAAACAUGUGUCUGCAUUUUAAAUAUUUUAAAAAUGUAUUUGGCCUUUAAUUUAUGUGGUUUUGUGUAGAGAAAUGAUUGCUAAAAGUCACAGUUAGUUUUGAAAUACUUUUAUUAGUUGGACAUCUUUAUUUUUAUUGUGUUAUUGAUUUGUGCACGAGAAAAAUUUUAUGAUGCUGUUCUCAUAUGGGUAUUUCAAAUAAGUCUCUUUAUGGUAUUAUGUUUCGAAUAACAAAAUAUAAAUACAUCAUAAAAAAAACAUUAAUUUUAAUACACGCUGAAAAUGUACCGCUUAAUUAAAAUGCGUCGGAUUGAGUCUAUUUUAUUUUUCUCAAAUCAAACAAUAAGUAAUGUCUUCCCUGUAUUUAAUGUAAAGGCCCAUGUAUCGUUUCUCCUUAUGAACACUGUUUUCGACACAUUUUUAUAAGCCCAUGUAUCGCAAAAUAUAGUUUUAGCUUUGGACUGAACUUUAUUUUACUGCAGUAUAAUAUCUUAUGGCAUUUUUUACUUUAAGAUUUUACAGUAUGGAACCCCCUUUUGUGCGCUAAUUUUAAUAUGAAAAAUGUAUUUUUUUAAGGCCGUAAAGCGAAAGUAGCCUUAUCAAUUUGAUCAGUUAAUAAUUUCAAGCAGUACACACUAAUCUGAACUUUAUAAAAAAAAUACAUAAUAGGUAAGGCUACUUUUGUUCUAAAAGAUGCUGAAAGACUUGAAUGAUUUACAUGAUGCCGUAAUGUUAUUUACGGCUAGACAACAUCAUUCAGAUCCGACCGCACUUUUAGUCUCAAUUGGUCUGGACUCCCAAAAACAUGUAUUGUGGAAAACCAAAAACAACUGUUUUGCUGACAAUCAUUCCGUACACAACGUUUGUACAAUCAUUUAUGGCGGUUUUAUUCAAUUAUGCGUGAAUUGUAACACGCCAUUACUCAUUUAUUAUUUAUGGAAAGUAUUGUUCAUGAGUCAUCAUUUUGUUUUAAUACAUAGUUGUAAAUAUAUCCCCUAUUUUCAUCAUAAUAA